CUUUGCCACAAAUGUCAAAUUUUGUCAGAGCAACUCUUUGCUUUUCAUAUUUUGAGCUGUGUCAGCAUUGAGCGCUUGCUAAAAUGCCUAAGAAUAAGCAAGUGAAACAGUCGCCAGCGACGCCUGAAUUUAAAAUACCAGCUAUACCAGCUGAGCCCAAAAAGCGCGGACGACCUCGCAAAAAUCCCGUGACUGAUGCUCCUGCCACACGCAGAAAUGACAACGUCGAUACCAAGGACUUUAUAGUGAAACAUUUGGAAAAAGUUGUUAAGCAUAGUUUACCUAUGGUGACUCCAAAUAAUGGCUUCAUACGUGGCCUGAAGCCGGAUGCGGUGCUUGCUGCUUUUAGAAAUGAGGCCAAUUACUAUUUUGCUGUAAAAUUUAAAAACCGCAAGCAGCCAGAAAUUAUAGACGGCGCUGAGCUUAGGCUACGUGCGCCAGCUCUAAUGCUUAACUAUUAUUUUUCAAAUCUCAAGAUCGAAAACAAUAAAUUUAUUAUAGACUUGUCGCUGAUAACCAAGCGAUCUAAGAAAUAAAUAUGCCAAAUGUUGAACGUGCUUUUAAUAAUAUAA